AGGCCGCGUUUUUGAGCAUGCGCAGAGCUCCACUUGGUGGGCUUUGAAAAGAGCGUUUUCAAGUUACAGCCGGUCAGAGCAAGCCGAGUGCAAAAGGGGGUGUGUUGGAUGACUGCGAAGGUAGCCUUUCUUUCCGUCCUUUGAUUUGUGGAGCUAAUCUCCCACAGGAGUGAAGAUACAACGUGCUGGCAACCACCAUGCUACCCAAGAGCAGGUUAGGGAAGCGCUCUCCUCUGGGAGCUUUGGUCUGCAGCUCUUCUGCAGACAGUCUGGUGGAUGUGGGAGCAAAUGGAGACCAUGAUGGGGGUCCAAUGAUCUCUGGGUUUGGAACAGGGGUGCAUGGCCUUCAAAGGGUCAAGCUUUAUCCAGGGCAGAGGGUGUUUGUGCAUUGUGGCGGUCAAGAGUGCGGAGGUGUUGUGGAGCAGCACAACCAUGUGGACAACGAGGUGUCUAUCUUUGUACCACAGCUCAAUCAGCAUGUCCACCGGAAACUGGAGGACGUGUGGAUGACCCCCACAGCCAGCCCCCCUCACUCCGUCUCUUCCUCAAUUGAUGUGCCAAAGAGGAACCAUCAAACUGUGGACAUGGAUGAAAUCAUGGCUGCUAUGGUCCUCACCAGCCUUUCCUGCAGCCCAAUGAUCCAAAGCCCCAUUCAGGGGGAAUUGGCACCAGCUUCUGGUGGGAUAGAUUGUGGAAGUAGUGAAGUGUCUGAUGGUGGUUACUGGAGCACUGACCAUGGAAACAAUAGCCCCGCCCCUUCUCCACCUAUUGCAGAGUCGGAUAAGGCCCUGGGCCCUCCAGUAGAUGAGGGACUGGACAUGGAGAUGGAAAAUGUGCUGUUUGAUGAACCAGCACCAAGGAAACGCAAGAACUCAAUGAAGGUGGCAUACAGGUGCCUGUGGCCAAACUGCGGCAAAAUACUGACUUCCAUUGUGGGCAUCAAACGGCAUGUUCGCACGCUUCAUCUGAGCAGGCAAAAUGGCGAACAGGAGCACUCGCAAAGGGAAGAAGACUUCUACUACACCGAGAUCUACCAGGACGUGGAGCAGAACGCAGUUCCAGCUGCCUGUGGUGCACCACGCUCUCUCUGUGGUUCUCCUUCCAGCCCCACCCAGCUGAGAUCUUCUCCUCCUGCACCAGACAGUCACCAGCCCAGCCCGCUCAGCCAGUCUGCGCCUGGCAGCUUCUGGCAGGUCCACUCUGAACACUCAUACCAGGCUCCCCCACCAGUCCAGUUAACUCAGUGCAAACCAGUGCCUGUGCCUGCCACCUCUCGCUGGACUCCUCCCCUCACUGGGCACCAGAGCAAACAGGGAACAUCAUUCCGGUGCCGCUCCGUCAGCGUAGGAGAGCAGUGGCUCCAGAACCACAGUGCCCCUGCCGGUGUCUCACCGCCCAGAAGCCACUGCGUCACACGAAGGAUUCGAGGGGAAGCUAAGAAGUGUCGGAAGGUGUACGGCAUCGAGCACCGGGACCAGUGGUGCACGGCCUGCCGCUGGAAAAAAGCCUGCCAGAGGUUUUCGGACUGAAGCUGUGCUGAGCUUGAGGCGGCGCACCGACCUACAGUGAGAAUGUUCCCACAGCAUAGACUGGCAUGUUUAAACAGUGGAACUUUUGCUGGAGGCCAACCAGAUAAGCACCUUUUUAUAAUUUUUUACUUUUUGUAAGAACUUUUACGGCAAGGUGCUUUGCGUUCUCUCGGCGUGUGAAGAAAUUUCAUCGGCGAUGGCAGUUACACUGCGGAGAGAGCUUCUUCUGCCUCCACAUCUCCCUCGGUCUUCCUGGGUCAUUCAUCAAUAUGAAGUGUGACCUUUUAUUUUUGGUUUAUUCUAUUUUGUUUUUAAUUUUGCAGCUGGUGCUGAUUUUCAAGAAACAAUAGCCAUAUUUUUGGUAAAGUUUAUUCCAGACACUCCAGAUGACUGGCCCAAAAAGCUCCUGACGUUUACCACCCACGGAGGAGAAAUGAGAGACUGUCAUUCCAGAAAACUUGAUUUGGUUGUUGCUCUGAGAUUAGAGAGAGACAUGCUUUAUGGAAGAUUUCUUUUAAGGGGAGACAAACGGCAGCUUAACGAUGAAAGUUAUUAUGUAAAUGCUUUAAAAGCAUACAGUCCUUUAUGUUUAUGUAUGCCAUGUAUACCGGCAAACAUACUGUUAUGUAGGUUUUUUUGUCAUGAAUACUUUGGAAAAAGGAUAAAGAUUUUUUUUUGGAAUUAGUUUUCAAAGCUAUGACUACAUAAAGUGCGCAUCAUGUCUCAACCAAUGUAUUUCAAUAUCGUGUCUUGCUUUUGUGUUCCUUUUCCUUUUUUCCGUUCUUUUUUUGUGAAAACCAAGUGUCUAACACAAGAUAUCAUUCAGACAUUCAUGCAAUCAUUUGAAAUUCAGUUUGAAAAGAAGGUUCACAGCUUUUAUCAGCCGUAUUGCAGCCCAACUAAAGCCAUGAAUGUUUGUGCACACCAGAAAGUUACAGGUAUGGAUGAUUUUACGCUUCUUUUCAAACUGAAUGCUUGUUUUCCUUCAUGUUUUAAACGGUGUCUCUGAGCACUCGCUUAUUAUCAGUAUAUUAGUUUGUACAUCUAUCCUAGUAGCACAUCAUAGGAUCUCAUCAGAGACAUUUCUUUUAACCAGGCCAUGGAAUAAGCUAGAAUAAGUACCACAGCAAAAUAAUGCAUCCAUAAUUAAUUGAUUAGCUGAGCCUCUUAAUGUUGGGUCCAAAUAUUUGAUGUGUCUUUGUAAGCUUUUCCAGAUCUUCGUCAUGUAGUUGUAACGUGUCGAUUUGUUUCUAGUAAGCCAUUAGAUUUCAGGGGCGUAUUUGGCUUGUAUAAUUUCCGAAAGCACCGGACAUGACGGAGCCCCAAAGCACUGACCUUACGGAACUCACUGUGUGACACUGAUGAUCUGUCAAAGGAGGAAUAUUUGAACAUUCAAGCAAUUAAUCAAAGAAACUGGCUCACGGAAGGUGAGAGGCAUUCAUAUGAGGUGAUGAACAGCUCUCUUGUACAUGUACUUGUACAGUAUUUUCAGCUGCAUGAAUUUACUCUGGAAUUUAAGAUGGAUUCACUGCAUUCUUGUUGCCUCCGAAACCCUGUUUUGCAUACCGUUUGAAAUAUGAAUGUCAUUUUGAUGUUUUAAUACACUUUCUAUGUAAGUCAAAACA